AUGAACUGCGUUGCUUGCAAUCACCCUGACGAAGCGGAGGAUAUGGUGUCAUGUGACAAGUGUGGAGAGUGGCAACAUUAUGGGUGUGCAGGAGUCGACGAUGAAAUUAAGCACAACCCGUGGAUGUGUGAAAAGUGCAAUUCUGGAGUGAAGACCACAGUUGAUUCGAUGGAAGUUACGAAUCACGCAGAGCAGGUCGGCGGAAACGUUAAAGGAGAGUUUAAGAGUAGGAGCGCCACGCGGUCGGCAAAGGAACGAUCGUACGACGAUGAUAAGCGCUCUCUGAAAGAGGAGCAAAGCGUUUCUAACUCCGCUGUGGCGAGUAGUACUGGUGCGACAAAGAAGCGGUACAAGGACGAGAAGCUAUUAUCGACAAGUGGUGUAGAAGAGCGGCCAACGGUAAUCGACGGGCGGUCGAUCGAGCGUAAUGCAGCGGUUCGACGGCGUGAUGAGGAUACGUUGUCGAAGAAUAGCGGCGUAGCGGAGCGGCGAGAGGAAAUCGGCGGACGGUCGAUAGUUCGUGAAACAGGUGAGCGGAUGCGUGGUGACGACACGCGGUCGAUGCGUAGUGAUGGAACGGAGCGGCUGGAGGUAAUCGACGGGCGGUCGAUCGUGCGUAGUGCAGCGGUUCGACGGCGUGAUGUCGAUACGCUAACGAAGAAUAGCGGCGUAACGGAGUGGCGAGAGGAAAUCGGCGGACGGUCGAUAGUUUGUGGAACGGUGAACUGA